AUGGGUGGAGGUGGCUAUGAGUCGGGAGGUGCUUCCUGUGAUGUAAUUAUUGGUAGAAUUAUACGUAUAAGUGUGGAGUUUGAAGGCUUUCUAGGGGUGUGUGCUUUCUUUGUUGAGGACAAGGAAUGGCACUGUUGUUUUGUAUUCAGACAGCUAAUAGAUAUAGAUGAUGAUGAGGAAUAUGAGGAAGUUGGGGGUAACCGAUUUUUGGGUUUUAUGUUUGGGAAUGUUGAUAAUUCUGGUGAUCUUGAUGCUGAUUACCUUGAUGAGGAUGCAAAGGAGCAUCUUGCCGCACUAGCUGACAAGUUGGGUUCGUCAUUGACAGAAAUUGAUUUGUCAGUGAAAUCACCCCAAACAUCCACUGACGCUGCAGAACAAGGUGAUGUUGUCUGCCAGGAAAAACUAUGUCAUGCAGUUUUUGAUGUUGUGUUAGUAUCUUUGGCUGAAGAUGCAGUUGAUUAUGAAGACUUUGAUGAACAGUAUGAGGGGCCUGAGAUUCAAGCUGUUAGCGAGGAGGACUAUUUAUUGUCAAAAAAGGAUUAUGUGUUGUCUGAAUCCAUGUUGCAGGCACCUACAUCUGACAAUGAAGAUUACGAUGAGGGCGUGGAAGAGGAACUUGAAAAGGAACCUCUGGUUUCGGAUAAAAAACUUGAAGUUCAAACAGCCUCUCUAUUAGGUCAGCAAGAUGUUGGAGUAGUUUCUGGAGGAGAGAAGCCUUCCCAGGAUGGUAUAGAACUUGGCUCAAUGGGCUCUGAAAGCUCUGAUGCUGAUAUCGAAGAUAUUCAUGAGGGAAACACCCUAAAACCCCUGAAGCAUUGCAUCACAAGGAUGCAAGAGAUUGAGUCUGGGCUUGGAAAUAAUAUCUUUCUUGCCCAGUUGCCACAGUUUAUAAGAUUUAGGGUUGCCUUGGGAGAUGUUGUUAGAGUUGCCUUGGGAGACUAUCUUCUUCAACAACUACUUUCUGGAUGGGAAGAGGAAACUGAUACGGUCAAGGGGCAUCUAGAUGGUAAAGGUUACACUCCACUUCCUGUUUUGUGUAUAGAAGAUGGGAUGGAGAUCUUACGGUUCUCUGAAAUAUUUGCUAUUCAUGAACCUUUGAAGAAAGGAGUAAAAAGAGAUCAUAGAUAUUCCAUUUUGAAAGAGAAGUAUAAAUCUAUGGAUGUUUCUGAUAUUGUUGAAGAGGAUGAAGAGGCAUUUUUAAAGGACUCUGGUCAACUGUUUCCAUCACAUUUACAUGUAAAUCAACAUGAUAUCUCAAUCUUCAGCCAAGAUGCCUCAGAGUUAGCAAGAUUUGGAUCUGUGCAUGGAGCUAUUAAAAUGUCUGUUCAAACUGAGGAACAAAGAAAGAACUCUUAUCUUAGUGCUGAACCAAUGAACAAGGAUGUGGGAUGGAAGUCUCCAUUGCAUUCAAAAUUCUACCCCCUUGAUCAGCAAGAUUGGGAAGAGAGAAUUCUCUGGGACAAUUCCCCUGCAAUCAGUGACAAUUCUGUGGAGAGUUGUGAUCUCUCUGGACCUGACUCGGGAUCUUCAUUUGUUAGAGAAACUGAACAAGUGACUAGUGCACAAAAUCUUCAUUCAGAGUUAAAUGAGAACAUUGAUAAUUAUUUUCAGAAUAGGUCUUAUGUUCUCUUGGAGUCCUUUGGGUCAGGAGAUUCUUCAGAACUUGGAAAUCUUCCUUUAUCAGAAAGUAGAUGCCAUCCGCAACUUCUGAGAUUGGAAUCUCGGCUGGAAAUGGAUAAAGCUGAUCGUGCUGAUGAUAGAAGGGAGAAUAAUGCUGUGGAGCAUCAUGAAAGUGAUGCUGUAAGGCGUUUCAGCAAGGUCGCAUUGCAAAAUAGAAACUUGAUGGAAGGAUCUUGGUUAGAUGAUAUAAUAUGGGAACCACAUGAAGCUAACAUAAAGCCCAAGCUGAUUCUUGAUCUUCAAGAUGAGCAGAUGCUCUUUGAAAUUUUGGAUCACAGGGAUAGUAAGCAUCUUCAACUUCAUGCAGGAGCAAUGAUUAUGACUCGACCCCUAAAGCAAAGGGUUUCUCAUGAGCUGGUAGGCCGUGGAAAUCGAUCUGGCUGGCAAUUCAACAUUGCUAAUGACAAGUUCUACAUGAACAGGAAAAUUUCUCAGCAAUUGCAAUCAAAUUCUAAUAAACGAACUGCUUAUGGCAUUAAAAUUCAUCACUCUGCGCCUGCAAUAAAGCUUCAGACAAUGAAAUUGAAGUUGAGCAAUAAAGAUUUAGCUAAUUUUCAUCGACCAAAAGCUUUAUGGUAUCCUCAUGACCAUGAGGUAGCUGUCAAAGAACGAGGUAAGCUACCUACUAUAGGACCAAUGAAAAUUAUAUUAAAGAGCUUGGGAGGCAAAGGAAGUAAGGUACAUGUGGAUGCUGAGGAAACUGUCUCUUCUGUCAAAGCAAAAGCUUCAAAGAAGCUAGAUUUCAAGCCAUCAGAAACUGUGAAGAUAUUUUAUUUAGGGAAGGAGCUUGAAGACAAUAAAUCUCUUGCUGCCCAAAAUGUUCAGCCAAACUCAUUGCUUCAUCUAGUUCGUACAAAAAUUCACUUGUGGCCUAGGGCACAAAAGAUUCCAGGUGAGAACAAGUCUCUGCGCCCUCCAGGGGCAUUCAAGAAGAAAUCCGACCUUUCUGUGAAAGAUGGUCAUGUUUUUUUAAUGGAGUAUUGUGAGGAAAGACCUUUGUUAUUAAACAAUGUUGGUAUGGGUGCUAAUCUCCGCACUUACUAUCAAAAGUCAAGCCCUGGUGAUCAAACUGGCAUCUCCUUGCGCAAUGAAAAAAGCAGCUUGGGGAAUGUUGUGAUACUAGAUCAGACUGAUAAAUCCCCUUUCCUUGGAGACAUAAAAGCUGGUUGCAGUCAAUCAUCUCUUGAAACAAACAUGUAUAAAGCUCCCAUAUUUCCCCACAAGGUGCCACCUACUGACUAUUUGUUGGUUCGCUCUGCAAAAGGAAAGCUUUCUAUAAGACGCAUUGACAGAGUUGCCGUCGUUGGACAACAGGAGCCCCUUAUGGAGGUAUUAGCUCCCGCUUCUAAGAAUCUUCAGGCAUAUAUCAUAAAUAGGUUAUUGCUGUAUCUUUAUCGCGAGUUCCGAGCUGCUGAGAAGCGUGGCACGCUUCCUUGGAUCCGCACAGAUGAGCUGUCCACUCAUUUCCCAAAUGUUUCAGAGACCAUCUUACGGAAGAAACUCAAGGAGUGUGCUAUUUUGCGGAAGGAUGCAAAUGGACACUUGUUCUGGGCCAAGAAGCGUGAUUUCAUCAUUCCAUCUGAAGAGGAAUUGAAAAAGAUGGUUUUACCAGAGAAUGUCUGUGCCUAUGAAAGCAUGCAAGCUGGUCUGUAUCGUCUUAAACACUUGGGGAUUACAAGGCUAACACUUCCUACUAGUGUUUCGACUGCAAUGAGUCAGCUCCCUGAUGAAGCGAUAGCUCUGGCUGGUGGGUCGCACAUUGAGAGGGAACUGCAGAUAACUCCAUGGAGCCUGAGCAGCAAUUUUGUUGCUUGUACAAACCAGGAUUUGCCAGGGGAUAGAGAAAAUAUUGAGCGUCUUGAAAUUACUGGUGUUGGUGAUCCAUCUGGCCGGGGCCUAGGAUUUAGCUAUGUUCGUGCCGUUCCAAAGGCACCAAUGUCAAAUGCAAUGGUCAAGAAAAAAGCAGGUGCUGGUCGAGGAGGUUCCACUGUUACUGGGACAGAUGCUGAUCUUCGUAGAUUGAGCAUGGAGGCUGCAAGAGAGGUUCUUCUGAAGUUCAAUGUACCUGAUGAGCAGAUUGCAAAACAGACAAGGUGGCAUCGUAUUGCCAUGAUACGCAAGCUAUCAAGUGAACAAGCUUCGUGUGGGGUAAAGGUUGAUCCAACAACUAUCAACAAGUAUGCACGUGGCCAACGAAUGUCCUUUCUUCAACUGCAGCAACAGACAAGAGAAAAGUGUCAAGAAAUUUGGGAUCGUCAAGUUCAAUCUCUUUCAGCAUUGGAUGGUGAUGAAAUUGAAAGUGAUUCUGAAGCAAAUAGUGAUCUGGAUUCCUUUGCUGGAGACCUAGAAAACUUACUUGAUGCAGAAGAAUUUGAAGGAGACGAGAGUAAUUACGAGUCCAAGCACGACAAAGGAGAUGGCGUUAAGGGCAUAAAAAUGAGAAGACGCCCGUCGCAAGCUCAGGCAGAAGAGGAAUUUGAAGAUGAAGCUGCUGAGGCAGCUGAACUAUGCAGGUUGCUUAUGGAUGAUGAUGAGGCUGGGCAGAAAAAGAAGAAAACAACAAGAAAUGUUGGUGUUGAGGUAGCAUUGGCACCUACGAAACUAAAUUUUGUUGACAAUGUUCACCGGGGUAAGAAAAUGAACAAAACCCAACCCAAUGGAUCCUAUACACCAAAAGAGAACAGCAUUAGGGACUUGAAGGAGUAUACACCAGUGACUAUCUUAUGGUGGCAGCUUGAAACAUUAUCUAUCAAAGGGAAGAUGUCUGAGAAGGUGAAAACAGUGAAAAAGAAUGGUUCCUCUAACAUGCCUCUACUGAAAGCAAAAGUUAUAAUGGCAGAUGGACUUAAUCAAAUUUUCAAGGAGAAGAAAUCAGCAAGAGAGAAAUUCGUUUGCGGAGCAUGUGGACAGCUUGGACACAUGAAGACCAAUAAAAACUGCCCUAAGUAUGGAAAGGAGCCUGAAACGCCGUCUGAAACUACAGAUUUGGAAAAGGCUUCCAGAAAAUCCACUUCUGGGGAUCUCUUGAAUGUAUCCCAGCAUAAAUUGCAGAAGAAAAAGAUGAUCCCCAAAAGUGCAACCAAAAUUGAAGCUGCUGAGAGUGAAAAAUCUAGUUUAGCAAAAUCCCUUCCAGUGAAAUUCAAGUGUGGUUCCACAGAGAAAUUUUCUGAUAAACCUUCUGAUGGAGCUGCUGAUACUUCUGAUCAACCUACCACGUCCAAUGUCCGACCAGUCAGUUCUGAUAUUGACACUGGGAGUAGGUCUACUGCUAAGGUUAAUAAAAUAAAAAUUUUCAAUAAGGCAAAACCUGAAAACGUACAGGUUGAAUCACAUAAGCCAUCUAUUGUGAUACGACCUCCAAUGGAUACAGAGAGAGGCCAAAUUGAAUCACAUAAGCCUGCUAUUGUGAUACGACCACCAACAUACACAGACAGAGACCAUGUUGAUUCUCAUAAGCCGUCCAUUGUGAUACGUCCACCAGCAGAAAAAGAUAGAGAAAAGACUCAAAAGAAAAUUGUUAUCAAACAGUCCAAAGAGAUUAUUGAUCUGGACCAGGUCAGUCAGGAUGGAAGCACUGGUCAUGAGUAUCGAAAAACUAAAAAAAUUGUUGAACUAUCCAGUUUGGAAAAGCCUGGGAAAACCAUGCAUUUGUCUAGAGAGUCAGCUAAGAGGAAAGCUAGGGAGGACAGAAGAUGGUGGGAAGAGGAGGAGAAGAGGAGAGCUGCUGAGAGACUGAGGGAAGAGAGAGCAAGGAGGAUUUUUGCAGAAGAAAUGAGGUCACGUGAAGAACAAGAAAAAUUAGCUGAGAUUAAAAGAUACACAGAAACCAUUAGAUGGGAUUGGGAGGAAGAAGAACGCCAAAAAGCCAAGAAGAAGAAGAAGAAGAAGAAAAAGCCUGAAAUCAGUGAUGAUUACUUGGAUGGUUACAGGGCAGCUAGAAGUGACAGAAGGAUGCCAGAAAGGGAUCGGGGUGCAAAAAGGCGACCUGUUCUUGAUGUGGGGGGAUAUGGUGCUGAUUACACCCCAGCAGCAAAGCGUCGUAGAGUUGGAGAGGUUGGCUUGGCAAACAUCUUGGAGGGUAUUGUGGAUGCCCUUAAAGAUAGGGUGGAGGUGUCCUACCUUUUCCUGAAACCUGUGUCCAAGAAGGAGGCUCCUGACUACUUGGACAUCAUUAAACACCCCAUGGAUCUUUCGACUAUUAGGGACAAGGCUAGGAAGAUGGAAUACAAGAACCGAAACGAGUUCAGACAUGAUAUGUGGCAGAUUGCUUACAAUGCUCACGUAUACAACGAUGGACGGAACCCUGGUAUUCCUCCCCUUGCAGACCAGCUUUUGGAAAUUUGUGAUUACUUGUUGAUGGAGAAACAGGAUAGCUUAUCUGAAGCUGAAGCUGGUAAUUGUAAAAGAGUGUUAGAUGGAUUUCAACCACUUAAGUCCUUCAUACGUGAAGUGGAGGUCUUGAUCGAUGAGAAGGAGGGUGUCAAACCACUUGACUUGGACUAG